AUGGGCAAAGAGGACCCACCAUCUUUUCCAAGGGAAGAGGAUGGAGCUGAUGAGAUGGCAGCAGAAGGUGCACGGGCUGAUCCCAGUGGAGUCCGAGAUUUGGAAGAGCAAGAUAACAGUGAAGUACCCUCAGAGGCACAAAAAAGUCCUGAGAAGGUAGAAAAGACAACCUCAGAAACUUUCUUCUACGAGUAUGAAGAUAUAUAUUCACGGCCAUUUGUCACUGAAGACUCUGGGAUACCCAUUAACCUUCUAACUCUUAAACAUUCUUUUGGCUAUGACUGCACCCGAAGUGCAAACCUGCUGCCUAUGGAUGCCCAAACACUCAUGUAUAUAGCAGGCAACCAAGUGGUGAUCCUGGACCUGAAAACUAAAUCUCAAAGUUAUCUCCGGAGCAGCAGUGGUGGUGGAAUUGGUUUCAUCAUGGCACACCCUACUAAGCAGUACUUUGCAGUAGGAGAAAAAGGAAAGAAGCCCAAUCUCAUCAUCUAUGAAUAUCCUUCACUGAGACCCUACAGAAUACUACAAGGUGGAACAGAGGAAGCCUAUGUUUUUGGUGAUUUCAACAAGGCUGGCACUUUGCUGGCUAGUGUUGGGAGCAGCCCUGACUACAUGCUGACUAUCUGGGACUGGAGACAAGAGAAGAUUGUGUUGAGGUCCAAAGCUUUUUCUCAGGAUGUUUACAAGGUCACAUUUUCUGCUGAGAAUGAAGAGCAACUAACAACAUCUGGAGCAGGACACAUCAGGUUCUGGAAGAUGGCUCUCACAUUCACUGGCCUCAAGUUACAGGGAAGUUUGGGCAGGUUUGGAAAAACAGCAGUGACAGACAUUGUAGGUUAUGUGGAGCUACCUGAUGGGAAGGUUAUCUCUGGAACUGAGUGGGGCAACUUGCUGCUUUGGGAAGGGGGCCUCAUCAAAGUGGAGCUCUGUCAAGCUGAGCACAAGCCCUGCCACAGUGGCCCUGUCAGCCAGGUAGUUCUGGAUGAAGGAGAACUUGUCACUGUUGGAAAAGAUGGCUUCAUUCGGGUGUGGAGCUUUGAGACCAUAGAUGCUGCUGAUGCUGUGGAUGACACAGGAUUACUAGAAGUGAAGCCUAUGAAUGAACUUCAGGUUGGCAGGGAUGUCAGUCUGAGUUUCAUCUCAAAAGUCCCUGACUCUGGACAGCCCCUGUGGUAUGCUCAGGACACCAAUGGAGCAAUCUGGAAGCUGGAUUUGUCUUUUCAAGAUACAAGCUGUGACCCAGAGUGCCUGGCUACCUUUCACUCUGGAAGGAUUGAGGCCAUGAGUGUCUCUCCUGUCACCUACCUUAUGGCCACCACUGCUCUUGACCGGUCAGUACGUAUCUAUGACUUCAGCAGCAACUGUCAGCUGAGUGAAAUGAAGUUUAACCAAGGAGGAACAGCACUGCUGUGGGCACCUCCUGUUGUGAAUCCUAAAGGAGGCCUGAUUGCUGUGGGCUUUGAAGAUGGUGUUGUCCGUGUGAUUGAAGUCUAUGAUCCCCAAGGACUGCCCGUGCUUGCAGGACAACCCAGGACACAGAAAGCAGAGAUACACCUGAAACAAGCUUUCAAACCUCAUUCUGCUGCAGUUACAGCCUUGGCAUAUGAAGGAAAGGGAGAAGUGCUUGCCACGGGGAGUAGAGACAAGACUGUUUUCUUUUUUGCUGUUGGAGAUAAAUAUGAGCCAAUUGGGUUUAUCUGUGUCCCUGGACCUGUGCAGGCAUUACAGUGGUCUCCACCUUCUCAUGCAAAGAGCACACUGCUCAUCCUUUGUGAGAAUGGCUUCGCUCUGCAGGUUCCUGCCCCUCUUCCUGGGGAGCAGGAGACAGUGUCCACCUAUCAGAUCAAAAACCUGCCAACACAGUACUUCCAUUUUUCUAGUAUUAAAUCCCAAAUCAAGGUAAAGAACUCUCCUGUGGAGGAAUUCUAUGUUCCUCACAUGCUAGAGGACAAAACCACCCAAAAUCUGGAAGAAGAGAUCGCACUGAGAGAGAAAAGAAAGCAGGAGGAGGAGAAUGCAGAACUUGAAUCACUAAAGCAGGAAAAGGAGAUAGAAGAAGAGCCAUUGCCACCUCUCUACAUACCAGAGGAGCCCAGUCCCAUCCUCUGUGGGUUUUACUCAGCACCAGGAAAAUUUUGGCUUUCCUUGGGUGGAUAUGACUCAGGGUUCCUCUAUCACUGUGAAUUCUCACAUGAUCAGGAAGAAGAUCCUGAAAACAGGAAGGAUGAACCCUUUGAAGUGAUCCCUAUGGAGGACACUGACAACAAUCCCAUCCACCACAUCUCCUUCUGCAGCAGCAGGCUGCUGAUGUUCUGUGGGAUGCAGGAUGGUGCUCUGCGUGUCUAUCCUCUCCAAGAUGAAGACCUCUCAGUGGACACUGUGAAGGAAUACUGGUCCUUCAAUGUACAUGACAAUGAUUAUGGCCAGAUCCAGAAGAUCUGUUCUAGUUAUGAUGAUAAGUUUCUGCUUACUUGUGGUGGAGAUGGAAACAUUUUUUCUUUCAACAUCUUGUCUCCAGAAGACGUUCACCAAGAGUUAAAAGCCAAAAUCCCCUCCCCUAGGAGUGGUCUUGAGGAGGAGGAGGCAACUGAAGACAUUGAAGACCCCAAUGCCUACAACAUUGAGGAAGUCAAGCAGAAAAAGGAGCAUGAAAGGAAAAUGAGGGAAGCUGAAGAAAAGAAAACCAAGAAAAGGGAGGAGUUAGCUGCACUGAGGCAGGAGUUUCUUUUUCUUCUUCAAAAAAAUCAGGAGUUACCCAAACACAUGCAGCUGCACAGAGAGGAGUAUGAGAUGGACCAUAGGAUCUUUGAGGAGCUGAACAGGCAGACAGCACAGAGAAUCCAGUUAGUGCAAAAGGAGCUGGCUUGGGAGCAUGAGAAACACCUCAUUGGACUGCAGAAACUGCAAAACCAGUUUCGGAACUCACUGGAAUUUGACACUGUUGUUGUUCAUGCCAUUCAGAGCAAUCAUCAGGUUUCCACCUACAGGCUUUUAGCAGUGUCUGAGAAACACUUUCAAGAAAAACAGGCACAGAAACAAGCAGAAGAAAGGGAGAUCAUCACAGAGACAACACGUAUGCAUUGGGGUGCAUCCAUCCCAGGGGGUUUCCAAAUUUUUGAGGAGGAGGCUGAAGAGCUGAAGAUGCCAGAGGUCCAAAAGCCAACCACGCAUUAUAUAGAGAGAAAACAUGAGAAAAUCAAAAGAAACAUUGAGAAAUCUGAGAAGAUGAAAGCAAAGAUCACGAAGAGGAAGGCAGAGUGGGAGGAGUUAUACAAGAGCAAACCUAGUGAGGACUGUGAGGAUCCCAAAGAUGUGGAGGCCAUCAGAGCAGCACGGGAAAAUAUGGGAUGUUAUGAUCUCAAGACUGCCACCAACUACAGAGUCCCUGAACACAAGCAUAUGAACACUGAGAAGAAGAUGAUGCAGCUUGCAUCCCUGGAAGCAUUGAUCCAUCAGAGGAAGGUGAACAUGAACAAAGAGAUCAUGUCUUUGAGGGACCUCAAGGUUUCUACUAUUGAUGAAAUCAAGCAUUUAGUGCAAGAACUGAAAACCAUACAGGCAGCCUUGGAUUUAUCAGAACAUCUCCCUCUUCCCAUGAUCCCUCAGUUACACCCAGAUGAGGUGCCUGAAAAAAAAUUUGAGUAUGACAGUGAUGUCCUCCUGAAGUUCAAAGAGGAGCAGGAGGCCAGGGCAAAGCUCCAGGGGCAAUUGGAAGGGUCCUCCUCAUCUUGUGAAUUUAGGCAUGGGUUUCUUCAAGCUCCUUGUGUUGAGACUGAGCCCGUGGCACAGGCUGCAGAUGGACACCCAAUGAAAGCAGCAGCAUCUCUGGUCACAGAGCAGCAGAAGGGUUUUGAGACUGAGAAGACAAAGCCAACAGAAAUGGAACUGGAGAUUUUAAAGAAGGAGAAGAUAAAGAACAUGUAUUUGCAGGAGACCUUGAUUAAAAAGAUCAACACACUGGUGAUGAACUUCGAUGCUGAGCUUCGCUUUCUGAGGCACAAGAAGCUGAAGCUGGAUGUGGAGAUGAAAAGUGCUGACCUGCAGCACAUCACCUGGUAUGAAGAGCUGCUUAUCCUGAAGAACCUUGAGAAGCAGGAGAACCUUCUCCAGGGGCGUGUUAACAGCCUCCUCAGUGAGCAGGAGGCCAUGCAAUCAAAAUUGAACAGCUACCUUGCCCAGAUGGAGGAUAAGAAGAGUGAGAUUGUAAAGCUUCAGGAAUCUGAGAAGGUUCUUUAUGCCAACUUCCAAGCAUCCCUUGGAAAAAACGAUGAGGUUGCCCAUUUUCUGACCAAGGUUCUGAAGAAGAAAAUCAAGUGUACAGAAGAAGAAAAAGAAGCAGGAACAGGAGCAGAUGAAGAAGAUGAGACUGAAGAGGAGAAUGAUGAAGAGUCCAGCUUGGGGAUUGAUGAAGAUGAUUCUGGAUCUGAAGAUGAAGCCUUUGAUGACUCUGUUUGCCCAGAGGGCUGCACUGAGGCACUCCUCCAAAACACCAUCCAGCUCCGGGAGAAGCGCUUAGGCAUCGAGAAAGCCUUAACAGAGGAGAAGAGAGCUGCUGCUAAACUCAGAAAGAAAUACAAUGCCUUGGCCAAAAAGGUGAAAAUCGUGGAAAGCAGUCUGGAAACUGCAGCCAGGGAACUGGAGACCUUUCAGUGGGAAAAGCAGCAGAGACUGAAUGAGCUACACGUAGCUGUGCCUUUGAAACUCCACCAGGUGGAGUACAUGGAUAAUGGGGAACUGCCCAGUGACUUCUCCCAGGCUUUAGUAUUUACCAACCAGUCCUUAGAGUAUCUGCAGAAGAGGUUGGUGGAGCUAUGUAGUGAAAAGAGAACACAAAGAGAGCUCUAUAAGAAGGCCCAGAAGAAAUAUAAACAACUUGUCCAGGAGAAGAAGGAGAUGGAGCUGAAGAUUCUACGGCUGGAAGAGAAGUGCAACGACCUGAUGAUGACAAAGUUUGGCCGGCUGGUUGAUCUUGAAGCAGUUCAAGCUCACUCUGUUAACAUAGAGAUGGAGAAGCUGAAAGUGCAAAUAAUGGAGAAAGAAUAUCUGCACUCCCAGGAGCUCAAAAAGUGGGAGGAAAGAAUCUCAGACCUGCAGCAGCAGCUAAUGAAGCUGACAAAGGAGAACACCAGGAAGCUGCAGCAGCUGAACCAGUUUUGCCUUGAAAAGCAGCAACUUGAAACUAAGCUGUCUUCAGUGAAGAACGAUCUGCUGGGAGAGGAAUUUCAGGGCAGGAGACCCACGGAGCUGAGGGCGGCGGCCAGGCUGGAGCGGCGGCUGGCGCACGCGGCUCGUGGCACAGCUCUCCUCAGGGAAGAGAUCCACCUGCUACGCAGAAAAGAUGGGUGCCUGGGAAGAGAUCUGGCUCUCCUCAGCAGUGAACAUGGGCAGCUCUUCCUCCAGCCUUCAUCCCUGCAGGGCUCUGGGACACCAAGCGACUCGUUCCCUGCUCUUACCCCACCGGCGCUAACAAGCGGCGCAAGUCCCCGUUAA